AUGGCUGAUGUACGAUCUCUGGCUGAUAGUCCCUCAAGGCAUAUUACUGUUGUUGAUGUUUAUGAUCUGGCUGCUUCAAUUGGUAAAGAUUUUGAACGAAUCAUUGAUGAGUUUGGUAAUGAUAGUGUACGACAAAUUAUGCCCAAGGUAAUCUCGGCACUUGAAACGCUUGAGUCACUAGCCAAUCAUAACGAAAAAGAAAAUGAGGAAAUUUUUAUGUUAAAGAAAACAGUUGAAAGGUUGGAAAACGAAAAACAAAUGAAGCAACAAGAUCGAAUCAAAUUUGAAUUGGAAUUAGAAGCAGUAGAAGAGAAUUAUAGAAAAGAAAUCGACGAUUUGUGGUUGAUGGUGAAGAAUUUGCAGCUGGAAAACAAGCAUUUGUCAUCAGCAACAGACGAUGAUGCUUCAGCACUUACUUCUACGACAACUCGCGACGAAGAUCUAAAAAUGUUGCUAGAACUACGGGAGCUCUCUACUAAACAAAAAGAGCAAAUAAAAGAAUUGCAAAAAGAUAUCAGUACUUAUAGUUGUGAAGUAGAAAAUUUGCAUAAUAAUGUUGAAAAACUGAUUCGUCAAAAUGAAGAACUUCUACGGAAGAAUGCGUCGUUGCAAAAACAGGGAAGAAUGUUGGUGGAAGAGAAAAGUGAAAUUAUUAAAAGACUACAGCUAACUGAAGAAGCUAAUAUUAAGCUAACGAAAUUAUUCAAAGAUGCCACUCGACAGUGCAAGGAUUUGCAACAGUAUCAAAUGGGUGACAGUGAUAAUGCUCCUAGAUUCACUCUAUCAGAGCUACGUGAAGUAUUACAAGAGAAAAAUUUGCUAAAAGGCAAAGUUUCGGAAUUGGAAGAGGAGUUAGAACAAUUACGGCCAUCACACGGACGAGAAUCUGUUGCAAGUGAUUCCAGCAGAGAGUUUGAUAGGUCUGCUCAAACAGAAGAAUAUGUUGUUUAUGGACCAAUCAACAGGGAACCUGAAGAGAAAUUAUACCCAUGGAAAUAUGAACGGAAAGAAAGCGGCGUGCGAAAGUUGUAUGCUUUACUUUAUAAAAAGUUACAGAAGAAGUAA